UUAGACGUGUUAAUGUACGUAACAUCUCCAUGCUGUCACUGCUAAAGCAGGCGGAAGAGACUCGUCCACUCAUAAUCUUUCACUCUCUUCACACGCGCCUGUGCUCUUGAGGCAAUUAAAUGGAUUUUGGAUUUACUCGGUUUUUAGGGCAAUUAUGCGUGUUGUAAAUAGGAAAGCAGUGGUGGUUUUGCUGGUGCUUUUGCCACUUACAGCUAUGUACUUUUACUACUGGAAUUUAAACAGCAUUACAACCAUCAAUGUGCUCCAAGGACCUGACUCUUUAAAAAUGAUUUUAGAGAAAAGGUCACAAAGUUUGCAACACACAAAUGACCACAUCCCUUACCAAAUCAAAGACGACGUCUUCAACAGAAGUCUUGCCUUAAACGGGUGUGUCUGUGAAGGCAACAAACCAGGCAUCACGUUCCCAUUUUCUAAACUGUUGUUCCCUGAAAUAUCGGCUACUAGGCUAGAAGCAAUGUUUGACGAUUCAGACCUGCAAAAAGCAAAGCAAUACAGAAGUAAAGAGUACCAGCGUUAUCGUAAAAGGGCAUAUACAGCUGCAGAUUCCCUCAUCUUAUCUGAAGCCAACAGCCCUCUUCAGUACCCUACGCAGGGUGUGGAAGUCAGACCUACAAGGUCCAUUCUAAUUCCAGGUUUAAGUCUGAACCAAAAAUCAGAAAAGGGCCCUUAUUUGGUAGAUCUGAUUGCUACUAUGGGAAUAUUCAGCACAGCAGCAGUGGUCGAUGGAGUACAAGUGGAAGGGGAAGGAGAGAUGCAGAUUCAUUUUAUGAGCAGAUCACUUGCUUCACUAAACAGACAACUCGAGUUUGUUACCUAUACAAACACACGGUUCCAUCCCAACACAGCAGACGUAGUCCAGUUUAAAUCAGGUGCAUUCCAGGCGUCCUUUACCGUCAAGAUUAGACAUCCACCAAUGCCCAAAUUCUAUAAUCCAGCACCAACGCAAGAAUACAAUGUAAACACUUUGGUCACCAUUGCCACCAAAACAUUUCUACGCUAUGAUAAACUUCAGGAUUUGAUCAACAGCAUUCGACAGUUUUACCCCACUACAACUAUAGUAAUAGCUGAUGACACAAAGGAGCCUAAGCCUGUAACUGGACCCCACAUCGAACAUUAUAUCAUGCCCUUUGGAAAGGGCUGGUUUGCUGGUCGUAACUUGGCAAUCUCCCAAGUAACUACCAAAUACGUGCUUUGGGUGGAUGAUGACUUUAUUUUCACCUCAAACACCAAACUGGAAAAAAUGGUGGAUCUUUUGGAGAAAACCACUUUGGACCUGGUGGGAGGGGCAGUCAGAGAAGUGACAGGAUACACUGCCACCUAUCGACACAUGCUCUCCACAGACGCUGGUGAUGAAGAGGGAGACUGCCUACACAUUAGGACAGGAUUCCACCAUGUCAUUGAAGGAUUUCCCAAUUGUGUGGUUACAGAUGCAGUCAUUAAUUUCUUUAUGGCUCGCACAGAAAAGAUACAACAAGUGGGCUUCGACCCGAGGCUGGCUCGGGUUGGUCAUUUAGGAUUUUUUAUUGACGGACUGGGCUCCCUCCACGUGGGCUCCUGUAAUGAUGUUAUUAUUAAUCAUGCAUCAAAGAUCAAGGCAAUGCUGCCAUGGGGACAGUCUGAUAUUGACAAAGCCUAUUCUAAGUUCCGCUAUCAUUCCACUAAAGAGACAUCUAUGAACGAAUAUGAUCUUUAUUACCUCAAAAAUCAUUUUCAAUGUGUCACUAGUGACUAAAUAUGGACUGUUAAAACUUAGGAAAGCACUUUCAGGGUCACUCCCAACAAAUAGCCGACGAACAUUUAUAAACCAUAACAGGAAAAUGAGCAAAUGACCACACACACAUGCAUUUUUUUUGGUUGUCCACAGAUGGCACAGCACAUUUAACAUCUACUGCAUAUUUAAAACAAUUUUAAUGUUGUUUUUGUAUUUAAUUUGAAUAUCAGCAUUUGUGAGAUCUGCUCAGGUUAUUUGUGUAAAUGUGACUUUUUUUUUUUUUUUUUGUCUUUUUGUUAAUGAGGAAUGCACAUGUAUGGUAUCAUGUCAAGGUUUGUAGAGGUAACACAGAUUUUAUUUUGACCCUUGGAAAAUGAAGAAAUGGCACAGCAUGGCAUAUUGUUUCUAGUGUUAUUAAACGUUUUAUUUAAUACUUUUUGUGUUCAAGUAUUGAAAAAGGUAUUAUUGAAUAAUUCUAGAAGUUAGAUGUACGUCUACACAUUUUUCUAUUUAUUAUAUCAUAUAGAUGAACUGUUCAUAGAUCACAUUAUAUUUUACACUUUUAUAGUGUUGCUCAGUUAAAUUAUUGUCAAUUAAAUGGACAUAUGUACAUGUACAGUAUGUACAGCAUGAUUGUAAAUGUCAGAAUAUAUAUUCAUUCAUUUUCUUUUCGGCUUAGUCCCUUUAUAAAUCAGGGAUCGCCACAGCGGAAUGAACUGCCAACUUAUCCAGCAUAUGUUUUACACAGCGGAUGCCCUUCCAGCUGCAACUUAACCCUGGAAAACAGCCAUACACUCCCAUUCAUCCACAUACUACGGACAAGUUAGUUUCUUCAAUUCACUUACAGUAUAGCGCAUGUCUUUGGACUUGUGGGGGAAACUGGAACACCACGAGGAAACCCACAUGAACACAGAAAGAACAUGCAAACUCCACACAAAAAUUCCAAGGCUCAAACCAGUGACAUUGUUGCAAGACAACAGUGCUACCCACAUCGCCACCGUGCCACUCGGAAUGUAUAUAAUUACAUAUCAAUUUUGAAUUUUCUUUACUGGGAUUCUGUCAUGUUUUGUCUUCUUUUUUUAUUGCAAGCUUGAGCUUGCUAGCCUCUGUCAUUGUAUUCUUCUAAAAGUUUAUGUAUAGCUAUAUUUUUUCCAAAAGUUGUUCUAUCUUGUCCGUCAUUGGAUCAGUUUUUUAAAAGAGUCAUCUUAUCCUGUGGUGACCUUUUUUCCAUUUUGUAACACAGUGGCUGAUUAUUUAUUAACAAAAAUUUUAUUUGCUAGCUACAAUUUAAAGGCCACUGCACUUAACGUCUGUUAGACAAUAAAACACACCUUCAAUAUUUAGUUAACUUACUAGGGGAAAAGCAGACUGUAUUCUUUUAGCGGCACAAUACAUCAAGGCCUUACACAAAAAGGGAGAGGAGACCAAUAAAAAGUUUAAUUGAAUAGAGGGAGAAAGAGAAACUGACACACUUUAUUAAAAAAUCUAAAACCAAAGCUUACAUUACACCUCACACAAAUUAAUUAUAAUCAAAAAUAAAACGAAAUAAUUAAUAUUGAGCUAAUAACAACAAAUAAUUUCACCUAAAAAAGUUAAUCAUUUAUCACCAAUUAAAUAUUAUUUUCCCAUCCUCACAAAGUGACAAUAAAGCCGCAUUAGCACACCAUUUGAACUCGAACUCAAGUAAAUUAUUUGUCAUUAUGAAGAAUCUUCCACUCUUAUUCUGGAUUCCACUAAGGCUGAGAGAGAGAGCAUUUCGGAUUAGCUUAAUUUUGUUUUUUGUUCAUUUCAUUUUCAAGCCACAAGAUGGCGGCAGCUUAUCAAGACUUAGUAGACUACAUUAUAAGGUUUGAUUUUCAUUCAUAUCGAUAUUUCUCAGUGUUGUCUAUGGUCACAAAAAAGGCUAUAGUUAUGUACAGAAUCUCUUGAUUUCUAAAAUGUUUUCCACAUGUGUUUCUAACAUUUCUAUUUUAAUGUUUCUGUUAUAUCUUAAUAAACCUCAGGAUGAUCAUGCUAUAAUUGAUCGAUAUCAUGUUAACUGUUUUGUUCAAUAUGUACAACCCAUCAUAAAUGUAUUUGAACAAAGCCUAUAUAAUAAAUGUUUGCUUCAUGGCUUGGUUCAAAAAGCAGUAUUAGUUUAGCAUCAAUCACACCAUAUGCUAUACUAUUGGAUAAGUCUUUUGUAAAGCAUCAAUACUGUGGCUAUAAUAAGAGAUGCCAAGAGUGCCAGCUGGGCAGUCCUGUGAACUAGUAAUACGGGCUGCUUUCCAUCCAGCCAAUUAGUGUAAUAUUUCUUGAGCUUUAAAGAGAAAGCUGGUGUCCUCCUGAGAAUUGUCUUUGAAAUACCCCAGGAAAAAAAAGCAGACAUCAAACAUUAAACAGAUCAAAU